AUGACGUAUUGGCCAAUUUCCUCGCCCUCCAUCUUUGCGGCCACCAAGCACACCAGACCCGAGCAGACGCGGGUUUCUCAUGAUGGACUCGAGGAUGGCGGGCCGAAUGCGCAGAUUGAAGAUCAGACGCGCACCCAGGGCGAGGCUGCUGUGAAGGAGGGGGACGACACUCUGUCACAGCAGCCACGUGCCUCGGAUGCAUUGACAGAAGAUGACAUACAUGGCGAGAUCAUUGCUAUCAGGGUCACGAGGAGCGGACACUUGUUCGCAACCCUGACCCGAUCCACCCUGACGAUAUGGCAGACAAAGUCAUUGAAAAAAUACGGACCCAAUACAGACGUUCUCCUCCGCCCCGACUCCCAGAUAUUCGUAGUGCAGACUACUCUCGGUUUCUUGAUUACGUAUGGCCUCGCGACUGACCACUCCUCACGCGUAUAUCGGACCCAAUUCACCGACACACACGGAGGGCACUCGAGGAAGAGCAGUACAAUAUCAGGCUUCAAGCAGCAGCGCCAGCACGACACCAAUGCGGGACCAGGAGAGGGCAGUGGCUUGAGAGAACUCAGUCUUGGCUUCCGCAUGGUCAUACGUGUCGAUGCCGGCAUUGUGAGAGCUCUGGCACUGGACGAUGAGCUUGUAGUAGCAACCGAGAAACCCGCCGCAGUGCAGUGCAUUCGAUGGGUGCCGGAUUCUAGCGGACCUCAGACGAGUACCGAGCUCCUGAACAAGAUGACAUGGUUGGGCAAGAAAACUACCCUCGCCGAUAUCGUUCACGAUAGGCCUAUGAACUUGAUGUGCUGGAUAACAGGGGAAGGGCAAGCGUUUGCGGUUCAACGCGUGCGUCCAAGCGCUACCCAGGAAGGCACUACUUUGUUCCGUGGCUACGGCUUUCACACCCCAGAAUCUGAUGCCGAGCACGGUGUCAAGGCUGCAAUCAAUGCCAGGUUCUCGUUGCUGGCUGUGGGGUGCUCCAAUGGCGAUAUAUGUGUGUAUACUGCUCGAGACUACACCGGCAACAUACCACUGUCACACAGACUAAAGCCUAGCGUCACAUCUCCUGGCAAAGUGACCACCCUGGUCUACUCACCAGAUGGGUAUUCCUUGUUCGCCGGCUACGAAAAUGGCUGGGCGAUGUGGAGCGUCUAUGGCAAGCCUGGGGCGACUAGCUUUUCUGCGGACCGCACACUUUCGGAGACUAAUGGCGAGGCAUGGUUGCUGGGUGUUCAUGAUGCAUUCUGGAUAGGAUCCGGUGCAGAAUUGGUCAUCUUGGGCAAGCAUUCCAACCGUCUCUUCAUCCUGGAGAUGGCCCGCAGUGCCGUUACUGGCUGUUUCUCAUCUGCCAACAUCUCAAGAUCGCUCAUGCAGACAAGUACCGGCUUCAUGAUAUAUCGUGGUUACGACUUGCCAGAUCUCACCACCAUAUCCGCAGACGUGUCACUAUGGCAUCAUGUGCAGGUUCCACCUCAUUACCUGGUGGAUCAAUGGCCCAUUCGGUGUGCGGUCAUUUCCAACGAUGGUCGUUAUGUUGCUGUCGCUGGAAAGAGAGGUCUCGCGCACUACAGCGUCACUAGUGGGCGCUGGAAAACAUUUGACGAUCCAUUCAUCGAGAACGAAUUUACUGUCCGAGGCGGCAUGUGCUGGUUCCAGCACGUCCUCCUCGCAGCGGUUGAGUCUCACGAGUCCCACGAGAAACUACCCACCCCUAUUGUCUUGAUUGCACCCUCUGGAGAGGACUCGCUCCUUGUCUACACCUAUGAAAAUAUCCUGUAUCAUUACAUCAUCAACGUUGCAGACUCUUCGGUCAAGUUGCUACAAGUGGGCCAGAUCGCAUUGCAUGGUAUUAUUCGCGCGCCUCCCCGGGUGCGAGCGCUCAGCUGGAUAUUGCCCGAGGAUCAGAUUUACCAAGGAGAUCCAUCUCAGGACGUGGCUGUUGCCACCGUCUUAUUCCUCGUGGAUGGCAAACUUGUAUUACUGCAGCCAACAACAACGGAGGGCGGUGAACUCAAGUAUGAGAUGCGGAUCAUUGCCCAGAACGUGGAGACUUAUGCGCUCAUGCGCGACCACCCCGCAUUCGCCUUGGACAUGAGCACGGAAGCGUUGCCCGCUAGCCCCUCGGCAGGGCUGACGAUGAAUGGUGUGCAUGGCCACGAUCUACGAGAUUCGCUGUGGUACUUUGAUGGAAUCGACAUGCGAGUAUGGAUCGACAUGCAAGAUGUUCUAGCAUCGGCGUCCGCCGAGUUGGGGAGAGAAUUGCCCACUCCAGUCAAGAUCCCAGUCGACUUCUACCCUCUGUCUGCUCUGAUCAACAAAGCCAUUGUGUUUGGCGUCGAAUCCGAGCUCGUACAACGGCGCGAUACAAGCUUCGCGUUCUUGCGCUUUGGCACCAGGUACUUCCCGCACGCUUUGGAGAUCUUGUUACACGAGAUACUUGACGAUGAAGUUGACACACAGCCACCACCCGAGCAAGCAUUACUACCAAGCGUGUUAUCUUUCCUGAGCUCGUUUCCACAAUACCUUGACAUCGUCGUACAAUGCACGCGAAAGACCGAGGUUCGGUCUUGGCGGACGCUGUUCUCGAAUUUGCCUCCACCAGAGGAGCUUUUCGAAGAGUCACUACAAAAGGGUAAUUUGAAGACAGCGGGUGGAUAUCUGCUCGUUCUCCAUACCUUUGAGGAGUUAAGACCAACAGGAGACCAAGUGGUACGUCUACUCCAACGAGCCAAGGACGAGCAAGACUGGGAAUUGUGCAAAGAACUUGCACGAUUCCUCAUGGCACUCGAUGAGACAGGUGUGACGCUAAAGAGCACACUUGAAUUGGUCGAGCUCAGGAGCCCUUCAAUGGACCAAACACAGGAACAGACGCAUUUUUCUUUCGAUACCACGCGGCUCAAUAUUCCCACAAGGGGUCGCAGUAACGGACAUCGGGUAGACGUAAGCCCUGGUUUGGGCAAUGCGGUCAUGUCUCCCGAGCGAACGUCUAGGGACAGUGGAAGCGUAAGCCCCGGAGGGAGCGCCGCGAGUCCUGUCGCUGCUAACCAGCAAGGAGUGAACGACUACUUUGGUACGGCAUCAAAUGGGGUGCGAUAGUGGUUCAUUGCUACCGUGCUUAGUGCGGUGAAGCCGUUCGAGUAACACAGACCGCUGCACACAAGCCUGGAGAUCAUCGCUUGGGGAUUAUCACUUCGUUUACCCGCCCGAAAAUACGGUAAGGCGACGUUCUCGAAGACUUCCUGCCUGGGUGUAGUAGCCUACGAGGACCCACAAGGCUGCUGACACGAAGCCGUCUCGACUAUGGUAGAUCGAUGAUUGGGGGAUUUCACAGCCACAAUCUCGUAGUGUUGGGGUGAAGUGGCAGGCCCGCAACCGCAUUACUGGUGUGUACACACACAGCUAGCGAUCAAUCUAGUGCAGUAAUGCAAGGGCCCGGCAAGUUGGGCGUGCCAUUCGUGCAGCGAACGGAACCAUACAAGAGCUGACAUGCACCGCUUUUUCAGGGCGCACAGACCAUAAUAAGCACGGCUAAUUGGCUCAAGCACACAUUGGAAGUGAUGGAUCGAAUGUCGUGGGACCUUGCGUGGCGGUGAGCUUCGCUUGAACUUUCUCCAGGCCUUGUCCGCCGUGGUCAGCAUUGCACUCGUGUGACGAAGUCUGCGACGGGCAACAGUUUCGAGAUAUGACGUUGCGGAGAAUGGCAAAGGGCUUUCUUGUCUGCCUUGGUUGCAGUUGAACCGGCGUCGUUACAAUUUGUAGUUGACCCAGCAUCGCGAUCAGCAUCUGUCCCUAGCAA